AUGAAACAUACUCCUUCUGGUUUGGAUAUUCCUGUAACUCCUCAUUAUAUUGCUCCUCGUGCUCCUAUUGUAUUAUGCCAUGGCCUUUAUGGUUUUGAUAAAAGAGGACCUGAUGCUCUUCCUUUUCUUCAAGUUCAUUAUUGGGGUGGGAUUGAAGAUGCCUUGGCCAAACUAGGUUCAAAAGUGAUUGUGACAAGAGUACCUAGAACUGGUAGUAUAUGGGAACGUGCUCAAGUAUUACAUACUUUUAUCAAUUCGGUUUUACAAGAUCAGCAAGUCAAUUUUAUUGCUCAUUCUAUGGGUGGAUUGGAUUGUCGAUAUCUUUUAUCUCAUAUUCAUGAUCGAUCUUAUAUACCAUUAUCAUUAACAACAGUAUCUACACCUCAUCGUGGAUCACCAGUGAUGGAUUGGUUUCGAGACAACGUGGGUGUAGGUGUGACGGAUGCUAUCAAGACAGCAGUGGCCAAAAAGAUGGAACAAAAUGAAGAAUUGGAACGAUAUAAUGAAGAUAUAUCAAGAACAUUGAAUCAACAUCCUUCUUUUUUGAAUUGGUCAUUAACGGAUAUCGCUAAGAUGCCUAUUAGUUUACUGGAUCCAGUAGUACAACGUGUGGUACAAUUACUUGAUACACCUGCAUAUGCCAAUUUAACGACGGACUAUUGCCAAAAUUAUUUCAAUCCAAAUACACCUGAUGAUCCUGGAGUGGCAUAUUAUUCAUAUGGAGCUUCAACAACGAUUCCUGUAUGGUCCUUUUUGGGUUUACCUAAUCAAUGGGUACGUGAAAAAGAAGGUGAUAAUGAUGGAUUGGUUAGUGUCAAGAGUGCCAAAUGGGGACAAUAUAUCAAGACUGUCAAUACGGAUCAUUGGAGUUUGAAUGGACAACGAUAUAAAUGGCGAUCUUCUGCUAACAUGGAUACUAAAUUGGAUAAGUUUGACACGGUGGAAUUCUAUAUGGAACUAGUGACUCAUUUAUAUCAACAAGGUCAUUAG